AAUAAAGAAACAGAUUUUACAAAAAAAAAAACAAAAUUUAAAAAAUCAACAAAAAUAAAAAUUGUGUCUUUAACAGUAAUUGUUUGAAUUAUCGUUCGGCUACUUCAACGACUAAAUACUCGAAUAUUUUUUUGUUUGUUUGUUUCAACUACGGCAGCAGUUGUGGCAAAUGCGAAAUUUUUUCAAGACGGGUGGUGUGCAGAGGAAAUUUCAGCACUGCGUUGUGCGUUGCAUUUUAACUUUUUAGCUAAUCAAGCGAAGAAAGGAUAAAGCGAAGAAAGAAUUUAACAAGGAUUUGUGCAACAAGCAAAGUUAUUGCAAACAAAGUGCUACUAUUACUUCAAAAGUGGAUUUUUAAUUUUAUUUUGGAUCGCCCUUAGUUUAUGAUCCCCUGACAGCAAUGAUUACCGAUCGCAACAAAUUGAAUUUUGUUACGAUACAAUGGCUGUGGCUUUUGUCUCUCACCUUGUUGCUGUGCUAUGGUGGCAGCAACAGAAACGCUGUGACAGCGCUCACCCAUAACGGCGAGACCACACAGCAACAACAGCAGCAACAUCAAGUGCAGGCGACGCAACAACAGUCACAGUCCACAUUGCAACUGCCACAGCAGCAGCAACAACAACAACAGCAGCAGCCUCACCACCAACAGUCACAAGUUGUGGAGAGCAAUGGACCGAUGCAACAAGAUGUAACAGUGCGCAACUUUAGUCCACGCAUGAAUUACAACAGCAAUGAAUGGCGCCCAGUGGGACGUGGAGAUCCUUUGAAGAACGAUCCUACAUUUGAUUAUAGUCCACCCACUUUGGACCGGGUACGUUAUUGGGCCGAUCCGGAUAAGGAUAAUGAUGUGGUGGAUGAAGUAGCAGCAAAUAUUAUCGAUGCAAAAUUGAAAAAGGCCAAUCCAGGAAAAAAUGAAAUAUUGCUACUUGGUGUAACGGGAGAUCGUGCUAAAGGUGGCACCUCACCCUUGGUUCAUCAACCACAUGCCCAGCAUAUGAUGAAGAAUGCCAAAGGAGAGACUCCCUUGUUACAUCCAAAAUAUACAUCGGUGCGACGCAGUUAUUAUGCUCAUCAAUUACCUACGCAUUUGAUGCCACCCCCAAUGCAGCCAGCAAUGGCAAUGAUGCCAACACAGCAACAACAACAACAACAGCACCAAAUGCCUCAACAAUCACAAGUUGGCCAUAUGAUGAAGCCAGCCCAUACGGAAUAUAGACAUAAUAUGCCCAUUAUGUCGGCACAUCAUUCCUACAUGAGUUCUUCUUCAAUGGCCCCGGUCAUGAACGCCGGCCAUUCCAAACCUUAUCAUAUGACUUCCACUUCAUCGCAACCCUGGAUGCAUUCCCCCAGCCCAGCUUCAUCGCAUAUGGUAACCUCUAUGCCUGCGCUUCAAAUGAAACCAGCUGGCAUGAGUCAACAUGGACCACACCAUUUUGUUCACACUCAAUCACAUGCUCAUCCAGAUGCACAUCAUCAAGAAUCCAUGAAUUAUUUGACCUAUACCAGACCCAGUAUGACUAACUCUCAACAUUCUAUGGGAGCAGGACAUGAUUAUUAUUCACCCAAUUCUAUAAGGGGCUCCUCGGGACUGCAUAAAUCUUCGACCAGCUCACGUAAGCCUUGGAUACAUGAUUUGUUGCAAAAGGAGUUCAUAAAGACCAUGAAGCCCACAACAGCACCUAGCUCCAUGUAUCAUCAUAGUGAAUCACCGGUCAAGUCACCACCACAUAUGGAAAGUCAUUUUGAGCCAAUGUUGUCUUCAAACAAAUUUAUGCAACACAGCAGCAGCAGCAGUACUUACAGCCCAGUGACUUUUGUAACUGCCACAACCAUUAGCAUUCCUAAAACACCCACCAUCACCACGACCACCCAGGCUCCUGUUUUUGUAACUGCCAGCAGUAGCAGUAGCACCAGCACCAGUACCACUUAUCACACCACUUCUGCGCCUAUAUUCUUUACACAUGCUACCACAACCCAGGCCCCUAGGACAACUACCACUUUAAGUCCAACACGCUUGCUGAUACCCAAUACCAGCAAUUUGUCCUAUCGCCCCACAGUGGCACCCUUUAAAAUGACUACCGACUCACUGUUCUCCCACUACAAUCAACCGGAGAAGCCUUUGCGAGGACCCAUGUAUUUGAUAAUCGAAGGACAUUCCAAAGUAAAGACCUACGGCAAAGAUGAAUUGGAUCCUCAUAAACCAAAAAUUGUGCCCGUCAUUUCGAGUAGGGAACCUGUGGUGCGAAGAGCCGAUCCUAAUGAGAAAAGGGGAACACCGGAAACUUUCCAAGUUAAACAUCUGCACACCAAAACUACUCAAGCCAUGGAAAAGGCAACAGAGAGCACACCAAAAAUGACCACUAGCUUAACCACUAAAAAGCCGGUGGUUACUACCACUACAAAGCCCAUGUCAACAACAACAAAGACUACCACAUUGAAACCCAAAACCAUGCCCACCAAAGCUGCGGGAGCUACAACAAAGAAAAUGGAGACCACCACCGUAAGCAAUGCCAAGAAAUCAGAAACUACUACCACAGCGAAGACAGUGCCAAAACUUAGUGUCACCUUCAAACCAACAUUGACGACGACGACAGCAACAACCUUAAAACCCAAACUUGAGAAAAAUAGCAGCAAAGAUGAAAAAAAUCCCUCAAAAACAGCUCUAAAAGGUGAAAAGACAGGGCCCAACAAUUUGAACUCUUUGAGUACAGCAGAGAAACCCACACAAAUUUCCUUAACCGAGCCUCCAACAGGCAUGCAAGGCUUGUUAAGCCUUUUAGACUCCUCUCUGAAUUCUUUUCUCAAGGAAGAUAAAUCAGAACUGGGUGUUGCAAGCAAGGAAACUACAACUGGCACCACCAAAUUGAAAUCCAUCAGCAUGCCAGAAGCACGAGUCAGCACAAAACUGCAAGCCAUUAAGGCCGAUGACUACUAUGAUGAUAUCAGCGAUGCCCAAUAUCUAAAGACCACCACCGAAUAUUUACCCAGAGAGACCAGACAAAUUUUCGACUAUGAUCAGUUGCCCGAGUCCCGUGUUACUUCCGAUAAGGAAUAUAAAAACUAUGAGGAAGAAGAUCUUUCAGCCUUUGGUUUUGAUGAUGAGUACGAGGAAGAUGAGGAAGAGGAUCCGAACAACCAUCAACUUCUUAAACGCAUUGAUGCUUUGGUCAGUAGUCCUGAAGAUUUAGACGACUUGGAAACGGAUUCAAUGGCCGAUUUUGCACAGGCUAAUCUGGAAGACUUAGAUUUGGCGCGUCGUCAACAGAAAGCGAAUAUAGCGUAACAUAGUAUUAAGGAAUUUAAAUCGAGUUUUUCUCUUAGCUUUCUAUACCAAAAUCUUUGCAUUCAAUACAUCAUUGUGAUCCCGUUGUCUUUAGCUCCAUUUAUACAAUGCUUUCUCUCAAACUGUACAUACAGCCACAACACAACAGCUUAAUUCAAAAACCUCAAAUUUUACCAUUCCAAAUUACUUCAA